CAGCCUUUGGCCUCAGCAUCCUACUCCCCUCCCACUGUCCCCUGCUGUUGUCUCAGCUCUGCUUGAGCACAGAAAUCCAGUGGGGGAAAAGGCUUUGGGCUCAAGCAAGACUGUCCUCUUAACAAUUUACAUUUACCUCCUAAAAGUGGAAGGCUGGAGGGGCAGGACGAUGCGUCUGGUGCUGCUGUGCCUCCUGGGCAUGUGUGGGGUGGCUGUCCCCGAGCCCUACGCUGUGGGGGACAUCUGCACCGCCAAGCCCCGCGACAUCCCCGUCAGCCCCGUCUGCAUCUACCGCAACCCCGAGAGGAAGCCCCCCGAGGGCGAGGGGCAGGAGCCGGCCAAGGAGAAGCUCCCGGAGUCCACCAACCCCCGCGUGUGGGAGCUGUCGAGGGCCAACUCCCGCUUUGCCGUGGUCUUCUACAAGUACCUGGCUGACUCCAAGGACAGCGGGGAGAACAUCUUCCUGUCGCCCCUCAGCAUCUCCACGGCCUUCGCCAUGACCAAGCUGGGAGCCUGUGGCAGCACCCUGCAGCAGCUCAUGGAGGUGUUCCGAUUCGACACCAUUUCGGAAAAGACGUCGGAUCAGAUCCACUUCUUCUUCGCCAAGCUGAACUGCCGGCUUUACAAAAAAGCCAACAAAUCCUCGGAGCUGGUGUCUGCCAACCGCCUCUUUGGGGAGAAAUCCUUGGUCUUCAACGAGACCUACCAGAACAUCAGCGAAAUCGUUUAUGGAGCCAAGCUCUGGCCUUUGAACUUCAAAGAGAAGCCAGAACUUUCCAGGGAGAUCAUUAACGAGUGGGUGGCUAAUAAGACAGAGAGACGCAUCACAGAAGUGAUCCCAGAGAGAGGUAUUGAUGAGCUCACUGUCUUGGUCCUGGUCAACACCAUUUACUUUAAGGGGCACUGGAAAUCGCAGUUCCCAGCUCCCAACACAAAACUGGAUGAUUUUCAUAAAGCCAACGGCGAGACGUGCCAAGUCCCGACCAUGUACCGGGAGUCCAAAUUCCCCUACGCGUUCAUCCCCCAGGACAAAGUGCAGGUGCUGGAGCUGCCCUACAAAGGGGAUGACAUCACCAUGGUGCUGGUGCUGCCCAGUGCGGGGACACCGCUGGAGGACGUGGAGCGGGAGCUGACGUCGGAGAAGCUGCAGGGCUGGAUAGACUCCAUGAAGGAGGUGUCCCUCUUUGUUUACCUGCCCCGCUUCCGUGUCGAGGACAGCUUCAGCGUCAAGGAGAAGCUGCAGAAAAUGGGGCUGGAGGAUCUCUUCAGUCCGGAGAACGCCAGGCUCCCAGGCAUCAUCGCAGAGGGCCGCACAGACCUGUACGUGUCUGACGCUUUCCACAAAGCCUUCCUUGAGGUGAAUGAAGAAGGCAGCGAGGCAUCAGCUGCCACAGCCGUCACCAUCUCCGGCCGCUCCUUCCCCAUGAACAGAAGAAUCUUCAAUGCCAACAGGCCCUUCCUGCUCUUCAUCCGGGAAGCCGCCCUCAACACCAUCAUCUUCAUGGGCAGGAUAGCUGAUCCUUGCUCCUAAAGGGGCUGGCAGGGCCCCUCCUCUCCCUCCUCUGCCUCGGGAAGAGGGGCACUGGGGUAUUGCCACAAAGCCCAGGCUGCUCCUGGCGUGGUUGGUGUGGCUGUUUGGUGCCAGCUGCAGGGAGGGACUGCAUCCAGCUGGGCUGUCCCUACUCCUCCCAGGGGAGAGGAGGCUCACAGGGCCCCUCACCUGCUCCACCCUGCAUGCAAAGGGAAGCACCGGUAGUUGUGCGGCCCCCAAACCCGAGUCCAGCACUGCUGUCCUUCCCCUGUCCACCCCUCCUCCCUUUCGGGCCUCAAGCUGUACCUGUGAUCCCCUGGUUCAUUAAAACCCGUAGAUCUGUA